AUGAUGUUGGAAUAUACUAUUCUUUGGCUUGAUGGAAAUUCGUCCGAUCCAAUGAGUAGUUUUCGUGCUAAACUUGGCAAUGCUCAAACAUUCACAAAUGUUAAUGAUUGCAUUGAAUACAUUAAAUCUCAUUCAAAAGAACUCAUUUAUCUAAUUGUUUCGGGUUCCUUGGCUAAAGAAAUUAUUCCAAUAAUUUAUGAAUCUUCAAAUAUUAUAGAAAUCUUUCUUUUUUGUGGAUCGGUUUCUGCUUAUGCAGAAUGGGCAAUGGAUUAUUGUGAUAAAAUGAUGAUAUUUGAUCAUGGAGAUGAUCUUUUAGAACGAUUAUGGAAUGAUUUACAAAACAAGUUACGAGAACAUGCGAAAAUAUGUUUAAAACUUGCAGAAGAGCAUAAACAACGAGCUUUACAAUUUAAAAAACCAUGUGGUUAA